GCCUAUCUAUUUACCCAGUUUUUAUUUUUACACUGAACUGUUCUUUUAAUAUUUCGUUUAUAGAUCAUGUGGAUCUUAAAUAUCUGGAGAUUUGCAAAGGCCUGAGAUUUUUUAAAAUGUUACAAAAUGCUUUGACAGCUGCAAUUUAUAUUUUAGAUGUAAGCUUUCCUCUCGACACCUGUGCUCACAGAAGUCUUAGAUUUUACCUAGACAUAGAAUUAAAUGCUGCAACAAGAUUAUUCCUGUGGGAGUCCCUUCUACUCAAAAUUAAACCUGAAUAUUUCAAAAUUCUGCGAUUAUAUUCUUCAACUACUAUGGCUAUGUCAGGGGAUGAACAAUAUAUAAUUCAAUUUAAACCAUGAAACCAAUGUACCCACUGUACCAGCACCUGUGCAAGCCUUGGUGUGACCAUGGAUACCUGUCCCUAAUUUAUUAAAUAAUCAAUGUGUGGAAUCAGCUUUUAAUUGUUAUGGCCACAUGGAUAUGGAAAGUAAUGGACUAGACGCUGAUGUACUGACUCGGCCUGCAGACUUGUUGAUCACUUGCACCAAUACAGAGGAUGAUGUUGGUGCAGAUGAUGGGAUUCUCAAGAAUACUGCAAACCAAAUAUCCACCCUCGCCGAGCAGUACCAUUUUAUAGAUCAAAGUGGAAACACCAUUCAAUAUGCAAUUCAGGCCAUGCCUGGUGCCAACCCCCAAAUGAUGAUCCUUACCAGUGAGUCAGAAAAUGGCCAAGUGUUCCAUGUUAUUCCUUCCAGCCAAUCAGGAACAACUCAGCUUGUUAUUCCACAGGGUCAGGACUUAGAUGAGCAGCUGCAACAGAAUGAAAACACUGAAAAUCUCCAGGUAGUAGCAGGCAACACUGUGACAGAAAAUGCAGCCAGCUUCAUUAUUCAUUCCAAUGCAUCACUGGCUGUAUCAAAGAUGCCAUCUGACAGGUCACCUACAGAGUUGUUCCAAAAACCUCUCCAACCAUUGCCAACAAACAUUCCUGUUUGGGCUCGUCGUCUCAGGAGCUGUGAGAAAAUAGGAGACUCUUACCGUGGUUACUGCUUAAGUGAGAAUGAGCUAAUGAGCAUUUUAGCACUGCACAAGCAGCAGACACAGAGCGUUUGGGGAACCCGCCAGUCUCCAAGUCCUGCUAAAGCAGCUACAAGACUUAUGUGGAAGUCACAAUAUGUUCCAUAUGAUGGAAUUCCUUUUGUUAAUGCAGGGAGCAGAGCAAUCGUUAUGGAAUGUCAGUAUGGGCCACGAAGAAAAGGAGCCCAACCCAAAAAGAUCACCGAAAAUGACAACAUGUCCGGCUCAAUGUACAAAGCAACUUGUCCAGCGAGGAUAUACAUCAAAAAAGUAAAGAAGUUCCCUAAUUACAGAGUGCCGACAGAUCCUAAGAUUGACAAGAAACUUAUAAGAAUGGAACAGGAGAAAGCAUUUAACUUGUUAAAGAAGGAUCUAGAUGGGACUGAUGGAGUUCUCAGGUGGUACAUGCAGUUACCAGAUCAAGAUGCUCAUCAAUAUCAUGAUCUAGAAACUGGUUGCUUUUCACCAUCAACUUUCCAGCCACCCACAGAAGAUGAAGAGGAGAUUCUUUGUGAGGAGAACUCCACGCAACUCUCACGGCUACAUCCUAAAGUAGCAGAAAAAAUCCAUGAUCUGGUGUCCAAAGGAAUAAAUGAAGUUUACUCAGUUAGGAAACAGCUUAGGAAGUUUGUGGAGCGGGACCUGUUUAAACCCGAUGACAUACCUGAGCGCCAUAACUUGUCCUACUUUCCAACUGUGAAUGAUCUAAAGAAUCACAUUCAUGAGGCACAGAAAGCUCUGGGGAAUGAGGAGCUCAUUUAUGAUGCGGAAACAAUCCCUGAGCCAGUCAGAGAGAUCCAGUGGACUGCUGACAGUGGAAAUGUUCUUAAUGAAAUGGUUACUGUAACAUUUGGACCGCUUCAACAGGAAGAACAGGAAACUUUAUUGAAGGUGGAGAAUCCACCCUCAGAGGAUGUUUGCCAAGACACAGCUCAGCUGAUCUCUUCCCUGACCUCAUUGCAACCCAAAAUCUUUGCGCAGCUACAGGGACUCCAGUUGCAACCAUCCUUUACAUCAGCAGAUGGCAAAACCGCUCUUAUCACUGUGAAUCCAUUAGGUCCGUCCUUUCUACCAGCUGAAGGGAAAACUGCACUUAUUACAGUUAACCCUACGGACCAAUCAUUUACAACUUCUGAUGGGAAAACCGCACUUAUUACCGUAAAUCCCACUGCUCCUUCAUUUGCAUCAGCGGAUGGGACAGCGGCACUGAUCACUGUGCACCCUCCUGCCAUUGGUAGUUCUACAUGCCUGCUGGACUCAGGAGGAAACCGUCAUCCUUUGGUGGUCAGUCAUUUGCACGGUCAACAGAAUGACUCCCCUCUGUCCUCCAUCACUAGUUUGCCUGCAUCUGCCCACAACCUAGUCAGUAUGGGCCAGAUUGUAACAGUGGAAGAGGCAAGUGGAAUGGCUGGAGAGGUGCAUCAAAUUCUGCUGGGAGACAUCCACCCUAUUCCUAUCAGGAUUGUAGAGAACCAACAAACUAUUGUUGAAAUAAACGCUCCCAAUGGAUUUAGCACAGAGGAUGUUGUUGAGUUAAAUAAAGAGGUAUCUGAAGUACAGCUGAGUGCUAUACAAGAUAGCUCCACACAUUCACAAACCCCGGUGUGAGCAGAAGACAAACUUGUUCCAUCCUCACAUCCCAUGGUGUUUAUUGUGGGACAGAACUCUGUUUGAGCCCUCAUAUUGAGGGAAACCUGCAGCUAUAAAUAUACAUUUUUUAUUUUAUUCAUUAUUCAUUGGGCUAAGUACUGGAAAUCUCAGCAGUGAACUUAAAUGAAAUGAAGGGACCCAGUUGUAUAAACACUGAAAUACAUCACAAGUAUACGCAUCUACACACAUCAUCACCUUUAAAUGAGGUUUAAAGGAACAGUUCAGUGUGAAAAUAAAAACUGUGUAAAUAGAUAGGCUGUGCAAAAUAAAAAAUGUUUCUAAUAUAGUUA